GAACAAUUCGUGGAGGAGGUUCACGGAUCCGGAGUCUUGGUUUAUUUGUCAGCGACUUGGCUGUCCGAGCUUUAUCAACAAGUGUUGGCUUGCAAUCUGCUGGAGAAGUGCGGCUACAAUCCUCGCUACACGGAGAACAGUGCGUUGAUAAACGUCCUCACGGACGUCGACGGGAUCCCUGGGAGUCAGAGAGGCGGGCAGCUUCUAUCCGACUACAUAAGGCUCGAGAAGGCUCAGCUGUCCCGCAGCGAACCUACGCCGGAAGCCGAAGCAGGCGCUAAGCUCUCCAGGAGAGUGCUGACCUGUUGUUGGGGAAGUAUGAUGACUGUUUUAACGACAGGAUUGAAUCCUCCGAAAGAAGAGAGUAACAAAGGUAUCCUGAAUCGAGACGGAGGCAGAAGAGGUAUCAGGGACACCGUGAUUUUGUCUUUGGAAGGUCUUCACAAAGCUGCGAUCCUGAGCAACGUACUCGGUUAA